AAAUAAAAUUAGCUUUUGUUGUGAGAAUAUGUGAAUAUCAUUGGGCUGGCCAUUUUGAAAUGAGCUAAAUUUUUUUUUGUGAGUUUUCUAAAAGUGGGCAUAAAUUAUGGAUUGUACUUUGCACGAUUUGGAACGCUUGGAGGAGCAAAUAUUUUUGUAUAAACCUACCCUAAAGGCCAAUGAACAUAAACAAAAUGUAAGUAAUUGUCUGCGAAAUCAAUUGGUUGAGUCUAAAGCUGUUGUCAGGAUUCAACGUAUGGAUGCAGAAUGUGAGAGCUUAAUGAUAAGUCUGAAGCAGAGAUUAAUGUUAUUGCAAGAUAUUUUAAAGCCCAAGGAAAAAGAAGUACACUUGAAGCGAAACCAAAAAGUAUUAAAAGGCAAAGAUGAAGUUAUAAAAUUGAAUUUGUCCUCCGAUUCCAGUGAUGAUGAGACGUUAAGUAGUUUAGUGACCAAACAUAGAGAAGCAGAAUCAGAACUAUUAAAAAAUGGUAAAUUAAAAACAAUAGAAAUGCAGCACGCUAAAACUUCGGAACCACAUGAUUCAGAAUUACCAUUGGCUUUACGUAGAAAACCAAGGGAAAGAAAAUUAAGUUACAAAAGUUUUAGUAGCUCAGCCUCAACAUCUCAUUCGAACAAUCGCAGUACAAAGUUUCACAAUAAGCAGGAACACACUGUGACCACUUCAGGAGUGACCUUUCAGAGUAAUGAAAUGUUGGUGGAACAGGAAGAAGUGGAUACAACACCCACACUUCAUAUAAAAAUUCCCUCGUUAUACAGAGGCAAUGUGCAUUACAUUAUUUUAGACAGUUUGAAUUUUGCUCGAAAAGUUUUCGAUUAUCGGGCUAGUGAAGUUAAACAGCAGAAUCCAUCUAUUACCCAUACCUCGAAAAUAUCGAAAUCACGUAAGAAACAGGUGAAAUCCCUAUCCACAACUGUUAUAGAACAAUUCACACAACAAGAACAGGAGUUAGAACUGUCGCAGCUUAUACAAGACGUAAUGUCUGAAGCUUGCAAUGAUGAAACACUACAGGCUACCAGUGCUUUGGAAAAUAUUAACAACAAUCUUAUAGACAAUUACGAUGGCAUUGCGAAUGAAAAUUUAUUAACAUGCUCACAAUCUUCACAAGAAUUAUCAUUUUCACAAAAUUCGAAUACUAUUGUCGAUUCGGUCUGCAGUACUAGUGGCAGUAGUAAUUUGCAAAAAAAGCCGCGUAAAAAUUCCAAACGUUCAAAUGAACAACAACAACAUCUAAAUGAACCUCCAAAAAAACGAGGACGUAAACCAAAAAAGAAAAAUGUUUCCGAUGAUCAGCAAUUGCAACCUCAACCACCUACGAAAAGUAAUUUGGCUAAAUACGUUGAAUUUUUUGCUAAUGAUUGUGAAUUAAUGCCAGGAUCAACAACCCCGGCGGCAUCUUCAACCAGGUCUCUACCUUUAGUUUCUUCAACUACCCAUAACUUUGAAGUUAUUGAUCAACUACCACAACAACAUCAACAGCAUGAGCAACAAAAUUCACCUCAGCAGCCCAUUACGUACUAUAUUGAUGGCGAUUGGGCUAAUGGCGGUCCAUGUCAAUUGGUUGCCACCAACGGUAUGACCGUCGAUGCCAGACAAAUAAAUCAAGAGGAUAUGAAUGCACCAUUUCAGGAUUUUGUAAAUUAUAUUGACAAUAGUGGUGACUCGGGUAAUAAUGUUAUUGCCAGGGUUUUGGAAAAUAACAACAGCUUGCCCAUUUCCAUUCCAUUGCCCUUAGCAAAUCCAGGACUUCAAAAUAAAAGUCAUCACCCAGCACCACGUCAAAUUCAACAGCAAUCUACACAAAAUUCAUUUUUACCUGUUAUAAAUAUACAGAUUCCCAACUUACCAAACAAUAUUAUUAGUCCGUCUGCACCACCACCAGCUCAUACGCACAGAGAUAUUCUAGAUCUAAGUGUUAAAUCAAAGUCUUGCGCUGAUAUUGGCUCCUCGGAAGCGUUAAAUCUCAAUCAAAUAUCCAAUAAUAACAUAGAAACUUGUUGCCUUACUGAAGAGGAUCAAUGCUUGCCAUUGGAUUUAUCAGCAAAGGGUACCAAUGCAAAGGAAAAACAAGCAGAAACUCAUAAUAUUACUAUUGAUAAUCAUGAUGAGGAUUUUAUACGACAGCUCAUAGAACAGAGUGAUUUCGAGUACACAACCGGGCAAAUGAAAAAAGGUUGCGAAACGCCAGCUUUAACAUACGACAAUGAUAAUAAUAAAUCUUUUAAGGCAGCUUUGGACAUGCCAUUACUUGAUUUUGAUGCAACAGGUUUGUCACAGUUGGUAGAAAAUUCUUCAACAGCAAGUAAUAAGCAGCCAGACGGCGCAACAGAUAAAAUUAUUUACCAUGAUUCCUCAAAUAAUAAUGAAGAUUCCAAUUAUGUUUCAAUGACUGCAUCCAGUGACAAUAAUUUACACUUCUCCGAUCAAACGACUACAGAAAUUUUCAAUAAAUUAUUAGAUAUCUGUCCAGAUAAUCAAUUCCUUGAUAAUAUAAGCAAUGAGUUCAUUUCGAAUGAUGAUUUAAAUGAAAGUGUUUUUGAUCACUGUAGAGUAGAGAAUUCAACAAUGUGUGAAAUGCAAAAUUCAACUAAUUCAAAGCAUCAAUCAAAUGAAGGCCAAACGAACAUAUGUGAUACAACCUCACAGUAUGCUAAUCAAGAUAGAGAUAAUAGUACUUCCAUUGAUGAACCCUCAUCAUCAACCUCCACUUCUAUGGCUGUUCAAAUAGACAGUUCUAAUAAAACUGAUACAGAUCUCAAUAUUUCAAUGUCUUCUGAUAUUUCAAUUAAUUUUAAGUUUACUAGUAAUGAUGAACAAUUGAAUUUAAAGGAUUCAAAAUCCGCAAAAGUUGAUCAAAUCUGCAACGAUAAUCAACAAACUGCAGUGGUAGAUGAACAAAAAGUAAUAGAGGUUGAAAAUACUGAAAAAACGUUAAAAAGUAAUAAAAAUGUUAAAGAGGUAAACUAUAAAGAUUCUGCUAAUGUCGAAAACAAUAGUUUACACAAAGAUGAAAAUGUUGAUCAGUGUGUUAAAAUCAAUGAAGAUAUAAACGAUAAAUGUUCUGGUUACCCAAAUACUGAUUUAGAAAAACUUGAAAACUUUGAAACUGGCAAACAAAAAGUUGUUGCAAUUACUAAUGUAAUUGAUAAAGAGGUAAACGAUAAAUGUUCUGAUAACAAUAAUAAAAACAACAAAGAAUCCGAACAACAAAUUGAAGUUAAACAAGAUAAAGGUUUAGCUAAUUUCCAAAACAAUAAUAAGGAUAACUUUGAAAUAAAUCAAUCGAAAGUUAUUGAGGUUGAAAACACCGAAACAACAUUUAAAAGUGUUAAAACUAAGGAAGAUGUAAACGUUAAAUGUUUAUCUAAUCACGUUGAACCUAAAUCUAAAACCAAAGAUAAUGUUGUAUUUUCGGUAGCAAAGGUAACUUUAAGCGAUGAUGAUAAUCUGUAUAGCACCGAUAGUGAUACCGCAAGUGGGAAAUCAUAUGAUGCUGGUGAAGUGAAACCAAUGGAAAAUGAAGCCGAAAAAAAGGAUCUAACAAUUAAUUCAUGCGAUAUUGCAGCACAUAAAUGUAAUAUUGAAAAUAAAGCAACAAGUGCAUGCCUUAGUAUUGAGGAUAACGAUUCUACUGAUGCCAUACCUAAAAAACCUAAAUUUACAGAAAAUCUAUUAACGCCUGUAAAUAUCAGCGAAAAUUCUAAUGAAUCUGUGUCCAUACUUACUCAAACUGAAAAUUAUUUUACUGAUGAUGUAAUAAAUUUAAGUGUUUCUUUUGAAAACAAUAGCGAACAAACUUUCAUGGACAGUGAUGCUGAGAUGAAAGACCUAAUAAUUGAAAAUAAAGCUAAUAGUUCUUGCCACGAUAUUAAGCAUACAAAUUCGUUCGAUAACAUACCUAAAUAUACAGAAAACGACAACGAAAAUUCUAAACAUAUCGUCAUGAUACCCAAUGAAACUAAAAAUACCGAAAGUUGUAGUAACAAUGCAAUAAAUUUAAGUGUUUAUUUUAAAAAUAAUGAAAGAGAAAAAGAAGAUUCCAAUAUUAACAAUGAGGAUGAUGAUGUACAAUGUAGAGCAGAAAUGCUUCCGGAUAUUGAGAAUAAAGUUAAAGCCGAUUCUACUGAUUCCCUAAAAAAUGUUGAAUGUACAAAAGUUGAAUCGCCAAAGAAUGAGGAAAAUUUAACCCUGUUAGAAUUGGAUUCUAAAUUAGAAGGUUCAUUAGAUUUUGAUGAGGAUUUUGAUGACGCUUUGUCCUUGGCCACUUCUUGUUUUGAUUCGCCAAACGAUGACCGCUUUGGGGAUUCAGUUGUUGACGUUGAUACUACUAAAACAGCAAGUACACCACCACCAACACCAGCACCACCACAAGAUGUUAUUCCCAAUCCUCCGCUAAAUAAGGACUUAAAGAAUUUUAAAAUACCAAAACUAAAUACUUCAACAGCUACAACUUUAAAAAUAACCGAAAAGGAAAAAAUAACCGAAAUAAAAAACAUAGAUAAACUAAAUACUUCAGCUGCUACAAGUUCAAAAAUAGCCGAAAUGGAACCAGACAUAAAAAAGUUAGAUACUACCGCAAACGCAACAAAACCUAUGCCAAAGAUACAGCUACUCACAAAUUUUGAAAACAUAACAAGAACAGUUAAAAACGAUUUUGUAGUUCACUCUAAAGAAAAUUCGGUAGAAGUAUUAUUAGUAACAGAUGAAAUACCAGCUAUAGUUCAUAUAAUUUCUAAAGUCUUUGGUAUCACUUGUUUACCAUAUUUAGUUGACAAAUGUUUUGCCAUCACACACUGUCAAUUAUCGCAUCAGCUCAACGAUGUCGAUACCGUUUAUGAAUAUUUAAACACUUCAGACAAAAUCACUGUCAAUUUGGCCUAUCAUGUUCUAUAUAAUCAUGCGAAAUUAUAUAAAGUAUAUUUCAAAGUAUUUUGUACUUAUUACGCCUCUAAAAAUGAACGCAUAAAACUGCUGAAUAUGGUCAAUGAUUGUGAACGUUAUCCGGAAUAUGCGGAAUUUAUUAUUUUCAUCUAUGAGUCGCUGGUUAAAUGUGGUUUGAGUCGUGUUAAUGCCUGCCGUCUAAUAUUGAAACGCAUACGUGAAAUAACCACUGCAUCAACAAUUGUGGAAGCGCUGGUCGCCAUUAUAAUGAAAUCUGAUUGGACCAUGUUUACGGAUUUCAUUGAGAAGUAUACCCAAGAAAUGUAUAAAUUUAAUUUUCGUAUUGGCAUUUUGGAGCAAAUGGCACCAGCAGUGUUAAAUAGCAAGGGGCCUCACCUAAAGCAGGUCUUUGGAAAGUGUGUUCAAACAUUGCACUGUGACGACACUGGUCUUUUGCUGCAUUCUCCUAGUCUAAUACAAUGUGUGGCCCUGUUGACCACCAAUACGUAAUAAAGUAACUCGCCGAAAAAUGAGUCGUAAUGACUUUAAACAUUUUUACUUUCUAAAUUUUAAAUAAUUUUUUUAUGCAAUUAAGACGACCAGAGGUGAAUAAACGACGACGAAUUACCUUAUGGAAAGGUAUUUAUUUAUAUAAUUUUUUUUUAAUUUGUUAUUUUACAAUUUUUUAUAUAGUUUUUAUUGAUUUAUUUUAAAUCCAAUUUAUUAAUUAUAACACUAGUUUGUCCACAUGAAUUAUUUUCCUUUCUAUGUCGAGUGUGUUUAUUAUUCAAUUAAUUAUGCAUAUUCCAAAUAAAAUCUUCUUACAUAUUACUUAACUUGAAUAACAUACAGGUCAUGCUGUUAAAAGCUGGCCUGGCCUUAUAAAACAAUGUUUGAUUUAAAAAAUUCAAAUAAAUGUUUAAUAAAAUUUAA